AUUUUGGAUAAAAAUCGAAUUCGAUUUUGAAAUCCAAAUUGAAUUGGAAUUUCAUGAUUCGAGGGAAUGGGUCUGAGCGCAAGCAAGGAACCUCUCCUACGAUGAAAUGAUUUCUAAACAAUUUGGAUAAAUUAGUUGUCUGAACAUUGUCUUCAUUCAGCUAAAUCAAAGCGAGUUCGUAUCCAUAAAGGCAAACAUUUUUAAUGACUUGCCGACAAAUUCAUCUUUCUUAAUACUACAAUAGUUUACGACUAAAGGCUAUAAUUCGAAUAGAGUUGUAGCUGUAAGCGGAAAGCUUAUUGUAUAGCCAACUUAGCAAUACGUCUGAGGUGGUAAAAAAAGGUUGGUUGCAUUAUAAUCAGAGAGAAAUUGAAGAUUAAUGGUGCAAUUAGCAAUAAGUAUAGGUAUGUGUUGGUUGCCGCUUCGGCCCGACCGCCUAUAUGUUGCUCAAAGGGAAAGGCUUGCCCAAAAUAUCUGCUUCAAUUGGAGUAGAAUUUUGCAGGUAGCUCGUACCGCUGAAUGCAACGCGUAAGAUGAGAUGGCUCGGAGUAAUGAAGUCUUCGGACAUAGUUGCUCUAAAAAAGAGUCAGGCUUAUCGCCUAGAAGGCAGUUUCUGCUUUCUAAUUAGUUGAGUGAACCUUUUCACUAUCUGCAGCAUAGCGGCAGUUCAUUGAACAGCCUAAACUAUGUCUGAAGUAG